UAGCUUGAUGUAGUUGGAGUCACUGUCCAGGAGGUCAGUGAGGGUGUUGACCAGAGUGGCAAACUUUGGUCUCUCCUGAGGACUGGCUGACCAGCAUGAGGUUACAACUGACCAUCUGUGGAUUGAUUGGAUAAGAAUUAAAUAAACUGUUACUGAGUAAUGUAGAGCAGGAGAUGUUGCUGGGUCGAUCAAGUCUGUGUCCAGAGCGGAGCUCACUCAGUAGAGUGGUGACUGGGACCCCAGCAUACGGCACUCCUCCACAUGUGAACACCUCCCAACAUGUCACUCCAAAUGACCACUACGAGAAAGGGUGCCCUAUAGUAAUACUUAAAAAC